CUUAAUGAGGGGUUCCGCCGUUCUCGAUAUGCAGCUAAAUGGAGAUAGAUGAUAAACGAGUGUAGGUACCUAUGUAUUGAACGAGUAGAGGUUGUUUACAUACUGUGAGUACGUAGUAUCUACAUCUCUCCACUGAACAACGAAACCCACAUCCGGCAUCAUCCAAGCGCCGAUCAGGGAGACAAUGUCGAAGCGACGGACAGCCGGGUUGAUACCACGCGAUAUAUCGCCCAAAUUGGCGGAGGGGAAGGGGCAGAAGCUCCACGUCCAGCUGUCGAGAGUACUUACCUAUUUGCACCCUUUGGUUGUGGUAGGCAUGUAGGUACCCAUGGCAGGUCUGCCGAUGGAGUCGAGGGCACGUUGUCUUGCGGAGAAAGGACGACGGCGCGGAUAACUAUGGAACGAGCGAGCGGGUCAUUUGGCCGGGCGAGUGGGCGAAUGGAUGGGGGGGCGUACGUGACAUCCGUUCCGUGAAACACCGCCUUUUCCGUCGACAUCAGUCCCGUACGUAUAUGCUUCUGUUCUCCCAACAACCACUUACGCGCUGGAAUCCCAAAGUCCCUCGGGCCGCCUGCCGCGAUUGUCCAACUCUUCGUUGGCCAUUGGUAGUCUGUCUGCCCACCUAUUCCAUCCUCCGAUGGGCCCCUACCCGGGAGACAGGAGGGCCCGCCACCCUCACCGGCCGCGGGGUGCCCCGGCGGCCGGGGGGCGCAGGACGUGGGAUGUCGAGCCGUAUUGGAUAGAUAGACGGCCGUCCUUCGGCCUGUGGCUGCGCAUUACUUGGCCGGACAUCGUGACCACGGUACUCGUCGGCGGGGUAGCGCUGGGUGUGAGCCCGCGAGACAUGACGGUCUACCUACAUGAUACGUUCCCCCUCGCCGUCGCCGACACGCACACCGGUGAGGACACCAGCGAGGUCGUCUAUCCACAGUUCGCGUACGCGUACCGGCCGCGGAUCAUCGCGCCCUGGGUCGACGCGCUGCUGGCCGCCGCGUUCCAGGGCUUCCCGAGCGGCCACCCGGCCACCAUCACGGCUGCCGCCGUGUGCCUGUCGCUGUACUUGAACGCGAAGCUCAAGGUGCUCGCCGACCACCACGCGCCGAUGCGGAAGCUCGUGCUGCUCUACUGCCCCACCCCCGGCGCCGUCCUCGUCUGCGGCUCCCUGACCGUCGACGCGUCCCAUAACUGGUGUGGUCCACGCCAGCAUCUGGGACUGGCGCAUCAACCACGUGCCCCUGAACCACCGGUCUCCCUUCAUGCGGCCCCUAGGGGGGCACCCAGAUUCAGAUCUGGUGUGGACGAAGUGCGGCGGCUGGGCAUUCGAAAGCGAAGGAAGAGUUGCGUCCAGGCCCUGUCCUCAGGACGAACAACCAAGCUAGCGACGUGUGCACACGCUUUAAGGGGCACGCUGCGUAUAACGACAUAG